GCACAUUUUCAAAAUUCAAAUCACAAUCAAAGCAAACUCCCUCUCUCUGCCCGGCUCUCCGUCGAGAUUCUGCAAUGGCGACCACUAAUGGCUUCCUUACCACCCCCACCAAGACCCCCUCCUCCCAGCCCAAUGCCUCCAAGCGUCCCCUCCCAAACCCUUCCUCAUCCGACCUCCGCUCCCGCUUCGAAGCCUACAACCGCCUCCAGGCGGCGGCGGUGGCGUUCGGAGAGAAGCUACCGAUCCCAGAGAUCGUUGCCCUGGGUGGCCAGUCCGAUGGCAAGAGCUCCCUCCUCGAAGCCCUCCUGGGGUUCCGGUUCAAUGUCCGCGACGUCGAAAUGGGGACUCGGAGGCCCCUCAUCCUCCAGAUGGUUCACGAUCCCUCCGCCCUCGAGCCCCGGUGCAGAUUUCAGGAUGAGGACUCUGAGGAAUAUGGAAGCCCUGUGGUUUCCUCUUCUGCGAUUGCUGACAUAAUCAGGUCUCGGACGGAAUCGCUCCUCAAGAAGACCAAGACUGCUGUCUCUUCAAAGCCGAUAGUGAUGAGAGCUGAGUACGCUCACUGUCCCAAUCUCACGAUUAUCGACACCCCGGGUUUUGUUCUCAAGGCUAAGAAGGGAGAGCCCGAGAACACUCCUGACGAGAUUCUUUCAAUGGUGAAAUCCUUAGCCUCUCCUCCUCAUCGCAUUCUGCUAUUCCUUCAGCAAAGUAGCGUUGAGUGGUGCUCCUCAUUGUGGCUGGAUGCAAUCCGUGAUAUCGAUCCAUCAUUCAGGAGAACAAUAAUCGUUGUCUCCAAGUUCGAUAAUCGGCUAAAGGAGUUUAGUGACAAGUGGGAAGUGGACCGAUAUUUGAGCGCCAGUGGGUACCUUGGUGAGAAUACUCGCCCAUUUUUUGUAGCCCUGCCAAAGGAUAGGAACACCAUCUCGAACGAUGAAUUCCGUCGGCAGAUAUCUCAGGUGGACACAGAUGUUCUGCGCCAUCUGCGUGAGGGCAUCAAGGGAGGAUUCGAUGAGGAGAAGUUCAAGGCCCGCAUCGGUUUUAGUUCUCUGAGAGAGUUCUUAGAGUCCGAGCUUCAGAAGAGGUACAAGGAGGCUGCACCAGCAACUCUAGCUCUGCUUGAGCAGCGCUGCGGCGAAGUUAACAAUGAGCUCACGAGAUUGGAUUCUAAGAUACAAGCCACUUCCGACGUGACCUAUCUGAGGAAAUCUGCUAUGUUAUAUGCUGCUUCUAUCAGCAAUCAUGUGGGAGCCCUCAUUGAUGGAGCAGCAGAUCCUGCCCCUGAGCAGUGGGGUAAAACAACUGCAGAAGAACAGUCUCAGAGCGGUGUUGAGAACUGGCCCGGUGUGACUUCAGAUGUAAAGCCUGCAAAUGCCACUCUUCGGCUUUAUGGAGGAGCUGCCUUUGAGAGGGUGAUGCAUGAGUUCCGAUGUGCCGCAUAUUCUAUUGAAUGCCCUCGGCUCUCUAGGGAGAAGGUGGCAAAUAUAUUACUGGCCCAUUCUGGGCGAGGCAGGGGAAGAGGAUUGACAGAAGCAGCUGCCGAGAUUGCAAGGGCUGCUGCUCGGUCAUGGCUUGCUCCUCUGCUUGAAACUGCCUGUGACCGGCUGGCUUUUGUUCUGCUGAAUCUGUUCGAUCUUGCUCUUGAGAGAAACCACAAUCGUGACUCAGAAUAUGGAAGAAAAAGUGGGAAUAUGGAUGGGUACGUUGGUUUCCAUGCAUCCCUGAGGCACGCUUACACUCGGUUCAUUACUGAUAUCUCCAAACAAUGCAAGAAACUUGUCCAACACCAUCUCGAUUCAGUCACGAGCGCGUACUCAGAAGUCUGUUAUGAGAAUGAAUUCCAUGUUGGCGGCUUUGGCCCCAUGGCUUCAUUCAGCGGAUUGAACCAAACUUCAGGGAGCAGCUCACUAUUUCUUGAGCUUUCUGAAACUCGAGCAGCACCAUCUGAUGACCCAAUGACUGAUCAGGAGAAUGUUCCUCCAGAAAAGAACAACCAGCAAAUCACCCCCGGAAAAGAUGGAGAGACUCUACGAGAAAGCCAAAUUACUAUUCCUGAAACACCUUCACCCGAUCAGCCAUGUGAUAUGAAUUAUAAGGGGGUCAAGAAGGAGAAUGGCAAUGGUGUUGAUGUGGGACCUAGAAAACGUAUCUCAAGAAUAGCUGGGAAUAAUGGCAGGCAAGCGGAGUAUCUGAGAGUUCAGAAUGGAAGCAGCCUCUUUGGGAACGGGGAUUGUGCUUCCAGAUCAGGUUCGGCUUACUCCGAAAUCUGCUCAUCGGCUUCACAGCACUUUGCCAGGAUCCGUGAGGUCCUCGUCGAGCGAAGUGUGACUUCAACUCUUAACUCCGGGUUCUUGACCCCUUGUCGGGAGAGGCUCGUGGUCGCAUUGGGUUUGGAAUUGUUCGCGGUUAAUGAUGAGAAGUUCAUGGACAUGUUUGUGGCCCCGGGUGCAAUUGAUGUGCUGCAGAGCGAGAAGCAGUCCCUGCAGAAGCGGCAGAAGAUACUCCAAUCUUGCCUGAACGAGUUUAAGACCGUCGCUCGGACACUCUGAUGUCUCCAACAUAAAUAACAAGAAUCAGAUCAGAGCUGUGCCGGAGCUCUGCACAGCGAGGGGGUCGAAACCGCUAGAUAUAAUGGCUUCGCUUGUGAAAAGUUGGUUAUAUAAUUGUUGAUUGUUUGCUUUGUCCCUGACGUCCACGUGCACAUUUCGACCGAGCGGACUUAUCAGCUAUGAUUGAUCACUCGUAUCUCGUGCAUUGUUCGUUCUGACUCAAUGACAAAUUGUAAGUCCAACAUGAGAAUCAUACAAGCACAUCUACAGUUUGGUGCUUUCCAUCA